UGGCCAGAGUCAGUCUCGCAUCUUUCACCUUUGCAGCUAGUUCCGUAGAUUAUAGUGCUGUCGUUCUUUCAGUGUUCUUUUGGUGUUCGAAUAAAUAUUCUCACACCGAUCCACGCGCGUCUUAUUUCCUUCGUCCCCCACACGGUGACCCUCGACGUGAUCUUGUUUCCCCCCGUUCCGUGAAAUAUAAUGGCUACCGACGGGGACCGGGACCCCCAGCCGACCAACGUCAUACUCUCCGCCGACCAGUUCGCCGCCGUCCAGCGCGUGACACUCCGCCCCAUACCCAUGCAGCCCGAGGACCCGGAGCUUUGGUUCGACUUACUGGAGCAACAGUUCGCCCUCCAUAACAUCACCUCGGAACGCGCGAGAUUUAUCCACGCCAGCACACUCCUGGAUGGACGUUUCGCACAGGAAGUAAAGGACAUUAUACGGAACCCGCCCGUGGACACUCCUUACACCACACUCCGACGUGAGCUGAUCAGCCGUCUCUCCAUCUCCGAAGCGCAGCGCAUCCGCCAGCUUCUCGGCCAGGAGGACCUCAACGGCCGCUCCCCGUCACAGUUCCUGCGGCACCUCCGCUCCCUCGCCGGAUCACUCAGCAUCCCGGAUCCCAUCCUGCGGAAUUUAUGGCUCCAGCGUCUCCCGCCGCAGACACAGGCCAUCCUCCAAGGACAUAAAAAUCAGCCACUUGACGAGCUCGCCAGCAUCGCAGAUGGCAUCAUGGACGUGUUCCCGCAGCCACCCGUCCCCGCAGUGCACGCCUGUUCCAGCACGCCACGCGCUACCUCUGCUACCAGUCAACUCGCCGACAUCGACGAACUCCAACGAAAGCUCGAGGCGCUGAUGACCUACUGCAAGGACAUUUGCCAGUCACGGCCCCGCCACCGCUCGCCGUCCAGAGACCCAUCUCCGCACCGCGGUUACCGCGACGACACACCACGCCGCCGCUACCGGGACGACGACACGCCGCGCGGCUAUUAUCCUGCCCCUGACUACUACCAACCACGCGAGUACUCCCGCGGCGCAUCUCCGUCCAGAAACCGCUACCGAGACCAGCCCUCCGAGCGUCCACGCAACCACCACCGCUCGCCACCCAGACCUCGACGCCGCCUCCUUGAGCCGAAAGAUGGAACCUGUUUCUACCACACGAACUUCGGGGAUGAUGCUCGCAACUGCGCCCAGCCCUGCAAUUACCAGUUAAACUCCACCGGCAGCCGUUAAGGGCGGCGACCGACUGCCCCCCGUU